AUGAAUUUCUCUGCAUUGAUAUCUCUCAUGGCGAUGCUGGUUCAACUUUGGCCUUACUCCCUUAGCAUGCAGAACCACAGUGCUCAAAACACAGAUCUAUCUUUCACGGCAGUUCGAAGAGUGAAACGUGGCUGGCUAUGGGAGCCACUUUUUGCAACUGAGGAACAGAUUUCACUGGAUCCUCUUUAUAUUGGACAGCUGAAAUCAGAUUUAGACAAGCAGGAUGGCAACCUAAAAUACGUUUUGACUGGGGAGGGAGCUGGAAGCAUUUUUGUCAUCGAUGAAUAUAACGGCAAAAUUUAUGUGACACAAAAGCUGGAUCGAGAAAAAAAACCUUUUUACAGUCUAAGAGCACAAGCAAUAAACAGGAGCACUCAACUUCCUGUUGAACCCGAAUCAGAAUUUAUUAUCAAGGUUAGAGAUGUCAAUGACCAUGAACCACAGUUCUUGGAUGGGCCUUAUGUGGCUGCUGUUCCAGAGAUGUCACCUGAAGGUACUUCUGUUAUACAGGUAACAGCUACAGAUGGCGAUGAUCCUUCUUAUGGGAAUAGUGCCCGUCUGCUUUACAGUCUCAUUCAGGGACAGCCAUAUUUCUCUGUGGAGCCAAAAACAGGGGUCAUCAGAAUGGCUUCCCAAAUGGAUAGAGAAACAAAAGAUCAGUAUUUGGUCAUCAUCCAAGCCAAAGAUAUGGUUGGACAACCAGGGGCAUUUUCAGCGACAGCCACUGUUACCAUCAACCUCUCUGACAUCAAUGACAAUCCACCUAAAUUUCAGCAGCGACUUUACCAUAUGAGUGUCUCUGAAGAAGCUCCUGUGGGCACAACUGUAGGCAAAGUCUUCGCAGAAGACAGCGACAUAGGGGAGAAUGCAGCCAUGAACUAUUCCAUUGAAGGAGAUAGCUCACAUGUUUUUGACAUCAUUACUAACAAUGAGACUCAAGAAGGAAUUAUCUUAUUAAAAAAGACAGUGGAUUAUGAGAGCAAAAGGAGAUACAGUAUUCAAGCAAAAGUUGUAAACAAGUACAUUGAUGAGCGUUUUUUGAAAGAAGGACCAUUUGAAGACAAAACCAUUAUCAAAAUCAGUGUGGAAGAUGCUGAUGAACCUCCAGUUUUCACCUCAGAGAACUAUAUGAUGGAGAUUGAUGAAGGGGCUAUGAAGGGCUCAUUGGUGGGGGUCGUAACCGCUAGAGAUCCAGAUGAUGAUGACAGUCCAGUCAGGUACUCUAUUGUCCAAAGCAUACCUUUAAAGAGACUGUUCAGCAUCAAUGAACACAAUGGAACAAUCAUUACAACUAAACCUCUGGACCGAGAGACAGCUUCUUGGCACAACAUAACUGUUACAGCCACAGAAACAAGAAAUCCUGAAAAAAUUUCAGAAGCAAAUGUGUAUGUCCAAGUUCUCGAUGUUAAUGAAAAUGCACCAGAAUUCCCUAAAUAUUAUGAAACAUUUGUUUGUGAAAAUGCCAUUUCAGGACAGCUAAUUAAAACUGUAAGUGCAGUGGAUCAAGAUGAUUCAGCAGAAGGCCACCAUUUUUCCUUCUCGUUGGCUCCAGAGGCCGCAAACACCUCAUAUUUUACUGUCAAAGACAAUCAAGAUAACACAGCUGGAAUUUUCACAAGCAAAAGUGGCUUCAGGAGGCAAGAGCAGGUUUUUUUCUACUUGCCAAUCUUAAUUCAGGAUAAUGGGACCCCACGGCUGACAAGCACAAAUACUCUCACUGUCACUGUCUGCAACUGUGACACUGAAGUAAACACCUUCUAUUGUCGAUACGGAGCUUUCUUGUAUUCCUUGGGUCUCAGCACGGAAGCUUUAGUUGCUGCUUUGGCUUGCAUACUAAUACUCCUAGUGUUCUUUUUGGCAGUAGUAACCAUAAGGCAGCAGAAAAAGAAGUCUCCCUUUUCAGAGAAGAUGGAAGAAUUCAGAGAGAACAUUGUCAGCUAUGAUGAUGAAGGAGGUGGCGAGGAGGACACAGAAGCCUUUGAUAUUUCAGCAUUGAGGACACGGACUGUCAUGCGAACGCACAAACCUCGGAGGAAGGUCACAUCAGAAAUCCACAGCCUCUACAGACAGUCCCUGCAGGUUGGCCCCGACAGUGCAAUCUUCAGGCAAUUCAUUUCAGAAAAACUUGAAGAAGCAAAUACAGAUCCUACUGUUCCUCCAUAUGACUCACUUCAGACCUAUGCAUUUGAGGGGACUGGAUCCUUGGCAGGAUCCCUCAGCUCGUUAGGUUCAAACAUGUCAGAUGCGGAUCAGAGUUAUGACUUCCUUGCAGACUGGGGACCUCACUUUAAACAGCUCGCAGGCAUGUACACCUCCCAUAGAAGUGUGGGGGAUUAGGUACCCUUUGGUUGGUUCUUUUAUUUUCCUAAAUCUCAGCUGUGGAUUUUUAAAAAGGAGAUCAUUCCCCAUUUAAGCAUGACAAAUAAGAGCCAAAGGGUUUUAGUACAGAAAGUCUUGGAUGCAGAAAUCUCUUGAAAAAUCACACCAGGGGUGUCAUGAAGUGAGGAGAUGGAGCCUGCUGUUUGAAAACCUUGUGGUUAUUUAAGUGCUUGAAUGCAAACUGUGCUGCUUUGGAUAUCUAGGUCUUCUCCCGCAUACUGAAAACAAAAGGAGGAGUAGAAGCCAUAAAUGGAUGCUGCAAACAUUCUGUCAUCCAUAAGCUUUAAAUUGUUUCCAAAGUUAAGACAGACUUUUACUGUUGCAGUUGAAUACAUUCAUUAACCAAAGUUAAACAUGCAUAUUUGUAUAAUGCUUCAUUAUAGAAAUAUACUUGUGUGAAAAGGUAGACCCUAGAUAUUCUAAUACAGUUGUCAGAAGUGCUCACAGAAUCAUCUAUUUAUUGCUCUUAAGAUGAUAAAACUAAAACAAACGUCUUUUCCUAUCAGUAUAAAAAUAAAGACCUAUUACAACAUCAGCAAGUAUUUGCUGCCAUUUUAGUUUUUAAUAAAACUGUUGGAAGAUGUGUAAACUGAUACUUAAUUUAGUAAAUAAGAUAGAAAAAGGAAUCAAUAUUUAACUUAAAUACUGCGAUCGACCACAUAUUAUAUAUUACUGUACUUAGAAUAAAUGCUGUUCAAAUAGAGGCAUUUUUCCUUUUAUUAAGAGUUUAAAGGAUGAACUGAUUUACCAGCAGAUUUAUUUUUUUAUUAUAGAAUAUAAAAUUAGCUGCAGUAGUCAGUUUUAUUAUAACAAUAUUAAGAAUCUUUAAAAUGCUAAACUGAUGGUUAUAAAAUUUUAUGUAUGACAUUAGAUAAUAAGAUAAUAAAAGUGCUUUAAUGUUAAUCCACUUUGAAAAUGAUCCUGAAUCAUUCUGUGAGUCUCAAGUAAGAUUUCAAAAUUAAAUUCCCACUGUGUUUUUUCCAAACAUUCCAUAAUGAAUAUAAAGCUGUCACAGAAUAUAUCUUUACUCUUAUUUUUACCACUACCCAGCAGCAAUUUUGGAACUGAGGUCAUCAAAAGUUUUCAAAAUGGUCUGUCUAGAGAAAGCAACCCAUCUGUUUUUUAUUUACCUCUCAUUCGUCAGGUACUCAUUUUACAGAAGUUACAACAUGUAAUCAACUGAUUCAAUCAGCUAAAGGCUGGCAUCAGGAUGAAGAAAAUUAUGUAACAUAUUUCUUUCUGCUUUCCGUUUUUUGUUGUUUUUAAGUAAGAUUUUAGGUAAGUUCAACUGAAUUACGGAGAGCCGUGA